UGCACAGGUGUCUUGACAAUUUUCUUUUAUCUUAGGACAUCCAUCUGAGAUCUACAUUGCUCCAAGAAAACGUGACCUUCUCUGUAAGCAUCAUCACUGGCAGCAUCCUGAAGGCACUCCUUCUGCACAACCAGGGAGCGUCCCCCCGAGGGUCUUCUGCGCUUGGACCCCAUUGAGCCCCCCUUUGAGGCCAUGGACGGCCUCGCUCCAACGCUGCCCCUGACCGAGCAGAAGGCCAAUGUGGAGAAGGAGGCCCCGAACCUCCUGAAAAAUGCCUCCCGGCUCCCCGUCCCAGGCGUGCGUCCCAAGCGGCCGGCCACCUGUGAGAACGGACCCCCUGAGCCCCUUCAGAAACGCUUCCGGGGGGCUGGCCCCACCACGAAGAGGGAAGCCAUGACGGUGGCCACCUCCCGGCCAAGGCCCCCUCCUGUCGCCCCUGCACAGCGCAACCCCCCUGGGGGAGCAGGGCGACGCGGGUCAUCCUCUCAGCCAGGAGGAGGAAGCGGAGCUGCAGGUCCCGCUGCAGCAGCAACCCGCCGGGCAGGAGCAGCAGCGCCUUCCAAACCAGCCACCUUUCCUGCUUCCUCUGCUGCCGCUGCCACCGGCCUUGGCGGAGGGGGAGAGAGGAAGAGGCCCGCCUGGGACCUGAAGGGGCAGGUGAGUGACCUCCGGGCCAAGGUGGCCACCUACAGAGAGAAGCUGCAGGUGCUGAGCGAGGAGAACAAGACCCUCCAGCUCCAGGAGGCAGAGCUGCAGGCGGCACUGGGCAAGAGCACCGCCCAGGUGGAGGAGCUCAGCGGAAGGGCCAGUGCGUUGGCCUCGGAGCUGCAGGCCGGCCAGGAGGAGGCCAGGGAGAGCAGCCGGAAGAUUGCGGAGCUGGUGGCCAAGGAGCGGGACCUGGAGCACGUCGUCCGCAGCCAGGCCGUGGCCAUCGCGAAGCUGGAAGUGGUCAGCCGGGAGGCCACGGAGGCCAAGGUGGAGCUGACAGCCAGGUUAACAGCCAGAGAGUUGGAGCUUUCACGGACGGAGGCAGCCCUGGCCCAGCGGACGGAGCAGAAGGAGGCCCUGGAAGCCCGGGUAGCUGAGAUCGAGGAGAAGCUGCACGAGUCGGAGAUGGAGCGCCGGAUAUUGCACAACACGGUCCAGGAGCUGAAGGGCAACAUCCGUGUCUUCUGCCGUGUGCGCCCACUGCUGCCCUGCGAGAAAGAGACCCAGAGGGGCAUGGCCCACCUCCACUUCACGCCCGAUGAUCGGAAGGGCCUCGUCCUCUCCAAGGUGGAGGAGUCCCACGUCGGCCGGGAGCGCAAGGAGGACAUCAGUUAUGAGUUCCACUUCGACCGGGUCUUCCCACCGUCCAGCUCCCAGGCAGAGGUCUUUGAGGAGAUCUCCUUGCUGGUCCAAUCGGCCCUGGAUGGCUACCACGUCUGCAUCUUUGCCUACGGCCAGACGGGGAGCGGGAAGACCUACACCAUGGAGGGCCCCGAGGAGAUGGAGCCCCAGGACGUUGGCAUGAUCCCCCGGGCCGUGCGCCAGAUCUUCCAGGCCGCCAAGGAGAUGGAGGGCAAGGGGUGGAAGUACCACUUCACGGCCAACUUCCUGGAGAUCUACAACGAGACCCUGAGGGACCUUCUGGUGCUGCGGCCGGAGCAGAACGCGGAGCUGGAGAUCCGGAGGGUCAGCCAGCACACCGAGGAGCUCCAUGUCCCCAACCUCAGCUACAUCAAAGUCACCUCGGAGCAGGAGGUGCUGAGGCUGCUCCAGCGAGCCAAGGCCAACCGCUCUGUAGCCCGGACCAACCUGAACGAGCGCUCCUCCCGCAGCCACAGCCUCUUCCAGCUCCGCAUCGAGGGCCAGCACGCUGCCCGGGAGCUCCACACCUCCUCGGUGCUGAGCCUGGUGGACCUGGCCGGGAGCGAGCGGCUGGACAAGUCCUUCUCGACGGGGGAGCGCCUCAAGGAGACCCAGGCCAUCAACAGCAGCCUCUCCAACCUGGGCCUGGUCAUCACAGCCCUCAGCAACAAGGAAGCCCAUAUUCCUUACCGGAACAGUAAGCUGACUUACUUGCUGCAGAACUCCCUGGGAGGCAGCUCCAAGAUGCUCAUGUUUGUCAACAUCUCCCCCUUGGAGGAGAACUUUGGGGAGUCCCUCAGCUCCCUCCGAUUUGCCAGAAAAGUAAAUGAGUGUGUCAUCGGGACGGCAUCGGCCAACAGGAAAUGAGGGGCGGACGACGGAUGGCGGGACGGAUGGUGCCUUUGCCAGCAAAGAAGCGCUUUGGGGUCCAUGACUGGGGUGGGGGAGGGGUUGGUUGACCCCCACUCCCCAGUUUCUUAUUCCUUAUUCUCUUUCUGUGAUUAUUGGGGUGUGUGUGUUUUUUUAAUCUUUCUUACGCUGUUAUAAAAACAAAUGUUAAUAAACUUUGUGAAUAAA